CUUCUUCAACUCCAAGGACAUGGACAUCCUUUUUUUUAAAGAAAAAACCCACCAACCAUUACCAUAUAAAUACAGCUUUAUCGUUUCCAGAAAAAAAGAGAGUAGCGUUUCAUUUAUCAGCCUCAGGACUUGGUUUUUCCUUUUCGUGAUCCGACAAAAACACUAUAAAGAAAAGUCUAGACAUUUAUUAGGUUUCUAUUACCAAAUCGAUAAAUAUACUGUAUCCGUCUUGUACAAUGUCAGUUUCUGGUAUUCAAGGCCAGCUUCUUGAAGUCACUGUUGUUGGGUGUACUAAACUGAAAGACACUGAAUGGAUAUCAAGACAAGAUCCUUACGUUUGUGUUGAAUAUGGUAGCCAUAACUGUCGCACAAGAACCUGCACAGAUGGAGGCAAAAACCCUACAUUCCAAGAGAAGUUUAUGUUUACACUAAUUGAAGGGUUAAGAGAGAUAAGUGUUGGUGUUUGGAACAGCAAUACCUUAUCUUUUGAUGAUUUUAUCGGCAACGGAAAGAUUCAAUUGCACAAAGUUCUUUCGCAGGGCUUUGACGAUACAACUUGGCCACUUCAAACUAAAACCGGAAGGUAUGCUGGAGAAGUAAAAUUGAUAAUGCACUAUGCAAAUGCCAACAAAGCAGCAACAGGCUAUGCUCCUUCAGCACCACCAUGUGUAUACCCUGGUCCUGGAGUGUCACAAUGCUAUUUACCGCCACCUGCGCAUGGAACUCCUCAUGCACAACCACCGAAAACCUACCCAGCUCCAUCUCCUUAUCCCUCAUACCCGCCAGCUCCAUCUCCUUAUCCCUCAUACCCACCUAGUUCAGCGUUUCCACAAUUAGCGUAUCCCCCACCACAACCUACUCCUUGCCCUCCUGCACCGUACCCAGCAUGUUCAGCAUAUCCCCCACCACAGCCUACUCCUUAUCCUCCUGCACCGUACCCAGCAUGUUCAGCAUAUCCUCCACCACCAUAUCCGCCUCCACCUCAAGCUUCACCCUACUAUCCUCCAGCAACAUCAAGAUUUCAGGAUCACGCUCUUGGUAAACAGACUUGGUCCAACCUGCCAUCAUCUACAAAGUAAAGACUUACCGGAGCAAGACUGGUAAUCUUUGUUUAGCAGUUCAGAUCGUCCAAAGUAGAGAAGGAAUAGAUCAUCUCUGCGCGACGGGAGGAUGCCAGUUAUGGCCCCUAUGGGUUGGACUUUAUUUCGAAGCCUUUCGGUAUAUAUUAGCAUUGGAUCAAGAUUUCCCCGUGCAUGCUCUACAUCUACAAAUAAAUGGGCAUACGAUUUUAGCAAGUGCUAAAGAAAAUUUAAUUACUUGUUAUUUUUUCAUGAUGUUAUUCUCCCUCCAUUAUAUAUUGUAGAUACAGAGAUAACUUUAUUUAACGUGUUUCUUAUAUUUUAUUUCAAUCUUCAAGGUAAUAAAUUAUAUUUGGAUAUUUAUAA